GCCUCGUUGAUUACGAGUACGGAGUUCAGUUCAUUUGAAAGGUUUCAUCGAAAGCUUCAAGUACAAUGGAUAACGCACCAGAUCCUGCAAACAGCAAUCCUCGUUGUGAAAAACACGACAAAAUACUCAAAUUCUACUGCGAAACAUGCAAAGUCCUUGUUUGUCGAUACUGCGUGGAUAUUAAUCAUCCUCGGCCUGAACAUACGUGGUUCCCUUUGACAGACGUUGUGAGACAACGCAAAGAAGCGUUAAAUAUAUCUUCCGGUAUAUUGGAGAAGGAAAAAAACGAUGCAGCCGAGAGUAAUCGUAAGAUUGAAGAGGCAAAGACAGUUCUAAAGAACAACGCAACAAAAGCAAGAGACGCCAUUAUGCAGCAACAACAGAGUAUCCUGAAUGCGUUCACCAAGAAACUCGAGAAAGAAACGACAUCCUUGCUUGACCAAGUUGAGAUAAAAUACAGAGAAGCUAACACGCUGCUGUCGAAACAACAAGCCGACGUGAAAGAAUAUUUUGAAAAGGCAAAAAGCUCGUUGGAUUUUACCAGGAAUAUUCUUUCCAGUGGAAACGCUGAGGUACUCCUUGCUCUAAAAGACGAGCUUGAGGAAAAAGCUGGAAGCAUUAAGACUGAACGACCAGAAUUUAUGGAGCCAGUCCACGAUGGCCUUCUUGAAUAUCAUCCAAAGGCAAAGCCAACCGAAGAUAUCAUGGUGAAUUUGAAGUUCAACGACUUAGGAAAAAUUGUUUACCCUGCUGUGCAGUCCUUGUUUGAAAGUUCAACCAUCUUGGAGGACAACAUUGAACAUGCAAAGCAACUUGUGGAGUGGGUUGAAGAUAAGAAAUUUAGUUGGCAACUUUGUUAUCGAGCUUCGCGUGAUGGUUGGAAAGCCCAAGAUUUUCAUAAAAAGUGUGACGAUGUUGGACCUACUGUGACCUUGGUAAAAUGUGGAACCAACGUCUUUGGCGGUUUUACUGACAGAAGCUGGGGAACAUCGUAUUCAUUCAUGAGUAUAGUUUUGCCUAGGUAUAACCUUUCCAACCAGUCAUUUCUGUUUUCCGUAAAAAAUAAAGAGAAUAUGCGUCCAAUGAAGUGUCCGAUCAUUAAUGGUCUAAAUUACGCAGCAAUCUACCGUGUUCCUUCAUCAGGAGCCAUCUUUGGUAAUGGUUAUGAUCUGUUCAUCAGCUCUGAUGCCAAAAACAACAAAUAUUCAUACAGCAACCUUGGUUACACAUUUCAAGCUCCUUCGGGAUUCAAAUCUGGAGCCCCAGAAACCAGGGCUUUGUUGGCGGGCAGCUACUAUUUUACUCCAUCAGAAAUUGAAGUCUUCCGCAGUUAAACAAAGGUGAAAAAAAUAUUGCGGCUCUGUUUACAUCUGCAUUUUUUGCUACGAUCAUUCUGUUUUGAUGUGGACGAGCUUGCAGUCCUGAAUGUUCUGACAUACCAGAGCCUUAGUUGGACACCCGUUGCUUAUCCACUCGUUCAUACCUGUCAAAAGAAGAAAAUCGCAGAAAAAUGGCAAGUGUACACCGGCCUUUAGAAACCGUACUUCUGUUUUGUCUAUUUGUAAACUCAUGCUUGGCAAUAAAAGCGAACUAUAACGGCCUUCUAUAACUAGAUUAAACUAAUUUGAGCUAUGAAGAUAGUUGGUCAGUGCUGGUGAUGAAACAAAACAGUAAAUUUUAUACAGAACAAGUUCUGAGAAGUUUUAACUCUUACUCUCUAUUUACUCUAGUCGUUAAUUAUAAUGUAUUUAGUUAUAUAAUUAUAUCUUACACUCAGUCUUCUCUUUCUAUUAAUUGUAUUUAAUGAUGUACAAUCAUGUUUUGUACCCAUGUCUUUGUAUAAUAGUAUCUUUGUAUUAUACUAACUAUAAUUUUAUACUGUUUAGAGAAAAACAUUAUUUACAAGUAAGGCAUUUG